GGACAACGGUUGAGGUCAUGGCUUUCCACAGCACUGCAACGGUCUUUUAGUUCCCCGCUAAAAGAUACGUACCGGGGCGCAUCCCCCACAUUUGGUACAAGACAGAUGCUGGUUGGAAACAGAAAUUGCUGGCCUCUUCCUGGCUUACGCCCGGCUCAUUGUGAAACAACUCACACAGGACAUCCUUUCUCUCACAGUGAGGCCGUUGAAAUUCUGCUCCCAACCCCACCAGAAGCUGGGGAUUUGGUGGGGGUUUAUUGAAUCUCUGCAUUGGCCCGUGCACUUUGAGCCAAGGGCGACUCGGCUGGCAAGGGCGGUCAUCUGAUUGCUUUUACGUGAUUGGCCACCGGCUCUUGAGCUUCGUUCGGUCGAGAAAUCCACUCACUGAAUGUCACAACCCGUUCGAGAAAAUUGCCGACAUCUUACCGCCGACAAAGUUCAAAGUCGACGCUCCAGAUCGCCAGAUCCCAGCCGGCAGUAUUUCUGGUUGACGGCCACUCACCAGCAUAUCUUACAACAGAACUUCUCACCGAUACAAUGUCUACAAACCCGGGCACCAUGCGAGGCCCGAGCCGGACCGGCCAGCGCGGCGGCAUCCCUUUCACCCCCAAUACCCCUACGACAUCGUCUGCCUCUUCGGCGAUCCCCAGACCAGUCGAAACCACCCAUGCUGCCCCCAGCGAGAGCGGCGCCUCCUUGAGUGCCGGCAGACAAAAACAAGCAAAGCGAGACGAGGCCAUCCGCCGCAAGCUGGAGAGUGAUCUCUCCAAGAAGAAGCACCUUACCAGCCGAGCCCGCCAUUCCCGCAAAGCCCCUCCCGGCACCGUCCUUGCCCUCAAGCCUAGCCCCGCCCUCCAGAUCAAGCCCGCGACGACCGUUUCCGAGGCUGCCCAGUUGAUGGCCGCGAAAAGGGAAGACUGCGUGCUUGUUACCGACGACGAUGAGAGAAUUGCCGGCAUUUUCACCGCCAAGGAUCUCGCCUUCCGCGUUGUUGGAGCUGGGUUGAAGGCCGCCAAUGUCACCAUUGCCGAAAUCAUGACCAAGAACCCCCUCUGCGCCAGAACCGAUACCAGUGCCACCGAUGCCCUCGACCUCAUGGUCCGCAAGGGCUUCCGCCACUUGCCAGUUAUGGACGAGAACCAAGACAUCUCUGGUGUGCUCGAUAUCACAAAGUGCUUUUACGAGGCCAUGGAGAAGUUGGAGCGGGCCUACUCUUCGUCUCGCCGUCUCUACGACGCCCUCGAGGGUGUGCAGUCCGAGUUGGGCACAAGUCAGCCUCAACAGAUUAUUCAGUAUGUUGAGGCCUUGCGGUCCAAGAUGUCGGGUCCUACCCUUGAGUCGGUCCUCAACGGCAUCCCACCCACCACCGUCAGCGUGCGGACAUCGGUCAAGGAGGCUGCCCAGUUGAUGAAGGAGAACCACACCACAGCCGUCUUGGUGCAAGAUCAGGGCGCUAUUACGGGUAUCUUCACCAGCAAGGAUGUUGUCCUGCGUGUUAUUGCCCCAGGCCUUGAUCCUGCCACUUGCAGCGUCGUCCGUGUGAUGACCCCUCACCCCGACUUUGCGCCCAUGGACAUGACCAUCCAGGCUGCUCUUCGCAAGAUGCAUGAUGGCCACUACCUUAACCUCCCGGUGAUGAACGAUGGAGGCGAGAUCGUCGGUAUGGUCGAUGUACUCAAGCUCACAUAUGCCACUCUUGAACAGAUCAACACGAUGGGGACAGGCGCCGACAACGAAGGACCGGCAUGGAACAAAUUCUGGCUCUCGCUUGACCACGAGACCGAGUCCAUGGUCUCUGGUGACGGCUCCCAUCACCACACCCACCACACCCGCUCCGUCAUGUCCCCCGAUAUGUCCCGCGACAGAAUCAACGACAGCGUUGCGCCCGGCGAUUCAGCCAGCCAUGCGGGUGUUGAUUCCCCCCCCCAUAGUGCUGUGGCGCCCAUCACACCCGAACUCCCACCCAGUGAGAUCCCAUUCGCCUUCAAGUUCAAGGCGCCUAGCGGGCGUGUCCAUCGUCUGCAAGUGACUGCUGCGCACGGCAUGGAGGAAUUUGUUGCCAACGUCGCAGCGAAGCUCGGCGCCGAGGUGGAGACUAUUGGAGGUGCACCAGCGGUUGAGGAUGGUCUGCUCUCUGGCGGAUUUGCCCUAAGCUAUCUGGAUGAUGAGGGUGAUUCGGUUUCCAUCACAACAGACCAGGAUCUCCUGGAGGCCAUUCUCCUGGCCCGUCAUGGCCAUCGCGAGAAGGUCGAUCUCUUUGUUCACCACCCCAACCAACCUCCCGUUGCCGUCGCCCCAGCGCCAGAACCGGUGGCGCACCCCACUCCUCCUGCCUCGUCAGUAGUCAGAGAGCGGAGAAAGGCACACCACGAGGAGGAGUCCGAGGAAGAGGAGGACGAAUCUGAGGAGGAGGCGCCUGUUCGCCGGAGAACCCGCACGCGGACUGCGCCUCUUCAGCAGGAACAGGUCAUUGCCGGUGUCCCUAAUGAGCUCCUGCUGCCAGGUGCUAUUGUCACAUUGGCCGUGGUUAUCAUUGGUGUGUUUGCCAUUGGUAGAGCGUCUAGCAGAUAA